GCGAACUCUUGGAUAAUUAACAUUGGAUAAGAAAAGAAAAUUUUUAAGUGAAAAUUUUUUCUAAAUUUUGCACACUUUUUGGUUUUAUUCCCAAGGAUAUGUUAAAUGAAAUAAAAGGAUAUAUUGGAUAAAUUACCAAAGGAUAAACAAGGAUAUUAAAUAUAAGCGUAGUUACUUUAUGUAAAAUUCGCUUAUAGAAUUAAGCAAAAAAGUACAUUAAUCUUUUAAAGAAAAUAAAUUAAUAAUUUCAUUAAUGAGAAAAAGCUAAAAUCAAAUAACAACCUUAAACCUAAAGGAAAGAAAACAAAACUUUCAAAAUGGCCAGUGAUCCGGAAAAGGGGAAAAAUGAAGAAGAAAAUUAUAAUAUACAAUUUGCAGAUGAAUAUAUUUUAUCGGAUGUUGAGAAAUCUUUUUUAUUGGCUUGUGAGCGUGGUGAUAUAGCAGGUGUUAAGGCAAUAAUUGAAGAGAAUAAACCCUUCCCGGAUAAGUUUAAUAUUAAUUGUGUUGAUCCCAUGAAUCGUUCGGCCUUAAUAGCAGCCAUUGAAAAUGAAAACUUUGAUUUAAUUGUUGUUCUGUUAGAGGAAGGCAUAGAAGUUGGCGACGCAUUACUGCAUGCUAUAUCUGAAGAAUAUGUUGAGGCUGUGGAAGAACUUUUACAGUGGGAAGAAACGAAUCACAAAGAAGGUAAACCAUAUAGCUGGGAAGCAGUUGAUCGUUCCAAAUCGACAUUUACUCCCGAUAUAACACCCCUUAUAUUAGCAGCACAUCGUAACAAUUAUGAAAUUCUAAAAAUUCUAUUGGAUCGUGGUGCCACAUUGCCAAUGCCCCACGACGUCAAAUGCGGCUGUGAUGAAUGUGUAACAUCACAAGAAAGUGAUUCUUUACGCCAUUCUCAGUCGCGUAUUAAUGCUUAUCGUGCGCUUUCAGCUAGUUCGCUUAUAUCCCUUAGUUCACGUGAUCCCGUUCUAACAGCAUUCGAACUAGCAUGGGAAUUGAAGCGUUUGCAAGCAAUGGAGUCAGAAUUUCGUGCUGAAUAUGAAGAAAUGCGACAAGGUGUCCAGGAAUUUGUUACAUCAUUAUUAGAUCAUGCUAGAACAUCAACCGAACUUGAAGUUAUGUUAAACUUUAAUCAUGAAGCAUCCAAUGACAUUUGGACUCCAGGUCAAAGGCAGACAUUAGAAAGAUUAAAAUUGGCCAUUAAGUAUAAACAAAAGACGUUUGUGGCGCAUCCAAAUGUACAACAAUUACUGGCCGCCAUUUGGUAUGAAGGUUUACCCGGCUUUCGUCGCAAACAAAGUUCUCAGCAAAUAAUAGAAGUUGUGAAAUUAGGCUGUAUGUUUCCCAUCAACAGUAUGAAUUAUCUAAUGGCUCCCGAAUCAGAUAAUGGAAAGUUUAUGAAAAAACCAUUUGUUAAAUUUAUCUCACAUUCUUGCUCCUAUAUGUUCUUUUUGAUGUUACUUGGCGCUGCUUCAUUGCGUGUGGUUCAAAUAACUUUUGAGUUACUAGCGUUUCCAUGGAUGAUCGAAAUGUUGGAGGAUUGGCGUAAACAUGAAAGAGGUUCUCUGCCGGGCCCCAUUGAAUUGGGUAUCAUUACUUAUAUUGCAAGUUUAAUUUUGGGUGAAUUAAAAUCAUUAUAUUGCGAUGGUUUGUUUGAAUAUAUUAUGGAUUUAUGGAAUAUUGUGGAUUUCAUUUCGAAUAUGUUUUAUGUAACGUGGAUAUUAUGUAGAGCCACCGCCUGGAUUAUAGUGCAUCGUGAUCUCUGGUUUCGUGAUAUAAAUCCCUAUUUUCCAAGAGAACAUUGGCAUCCCUUUGAUCCCAUGCUAUUGUCAGAAGGAGCAUUCGCUGCCGGCAUGGUAUUUUCCUAUUUAAAACUAGUUCAUAUCUUCUCGAUAAAUCCUCACUUGGGACCACUACAAGUAUCGUUGGGUCGCAUGAUUAUCGAUAUUAUAAAGUUCUUCUUUAUCUACACUUUGGUAUUGUUUGCUUUCGGCUGUGGUCUCAAUCAAUUGCUGUGGUACUAUGCUGAUUUGGAGAAACACAAAUGCUAUCAUUUACAUCCCGAUGUAGCAGAUUUUGAUGAUCAAGAGAAAGCCUGUACCAUAUGGAGAAGAUUUUCAAAUCUUUUUGAAACGUCACAAUCACUAUUUUGGGCAUCUUUUGGUUUAGUCGACUUGGUGUCAUUCGAUUUAGCCGGUAUUAAGAGCUUCACCCGUUUCUGGGCCUUGCUAAUGUUCGGCUCAUAUUCCGUAAUCAAUAUUAUCGUCUUGCUUAACAUGCUUAUUGCCAUGAUGUCCAAUUCAUAUCAAAUCAUAUCCGAACGUGCCGAUGUUGAAUGGAAAUUUGCCCGUUCUCAAUUGUGGAUGAGCUAUUUUGAAGAUGGUGGUACUGUACCACCACCCUUCAAUAUGUUCCCCUCUGUUAAAGUGAUGCGUAAAUUAUUUGGUAAGGAGCGACCAAAACGUACCAAGAGUUUUAUGAUGAAAUCAAGGGUUAAGGCACAAUCAUUACAUGAACGUGUAAUGAAACUAUUGAUACGUCGAUAUGUUACGGCCGAACAGCGUCACCGAGAUGAUUUCGGCAUAACCGAAGAUGAUAUCAUUGAAGUGCGUCAAGAUAUUAGUUCGUUGCGUUUCGAACUGUUGGACAUAUUUACAAAUAAUAAUUUUACUGUUCCGGAUAUAGAAAAGAAAUCAGCAGGUGCUGCGGCUGGUAAAAAGGGUAAGAUUUUGGAACGACGUAUUUUGAAAGAUUUCCAAAUCGGUUUUGUCGAAACUCUACAAACUGAACUGGUAAAUAAUGCAGAUGAGGGCAAGGAUAUAUUUUCAUCGCUAGCGAGUGCUAUACGCAAAAAGAGAUCACAAAAAGGUGAAAAAGAUUGGAAUGCUAUUGCACGCAAAAAUACUAUGAGUUCAAAUCCCAUUGGCUCCAAACAUUCAUCAUUACAGAGACAUUCACAGCGCAGUUUAAGACGCCGCAUUUUAGAACAAGCCAACGAAGGUCUUCAUAUGAAUCAAAAUCAACUUAUAGAAUACAAUCCCACUCUGGGAGAGGUUACAAGAGCUACGCGUGUUGCAUAUGUCAAAUUUAUGAAAAAGAAAAUGGUAGCUGAGGAAGAUAAGGAAGCCGAAGAACUGAAAUCAAGUGAAGCAGCUAACGCUACAACAAAGGAUGAAAAGCCCAGUACUAAAGCCACUUUGAAAAAAACUGAUGUUAAAAAGGAGGAUGCCGCUAAACCAGCUGCUGGAAAACCACCAGCUCCAGCUGAAGAUAAGGCUAAACCAGGUGCACCCGCUAAGCCAUAUUACUAA